CAGAUGUUUAGUGACACAGUUCAGGCUUUUCGGAAUGAGGCAAUGCAGAGAAUGAGCUCUGCUGUCUCUGAAGAUGAUGAUGAUGAUGUGUGAGUGAGUGGGUGUGUUCACUCCAGUGCCAUGCGCUGCGCUCCUGACAGCGUUCACAUCACAGUCCACUCCGCGCAGGAGAAUGACAAACACCGCUUAAGCUCUCGGACGAGUUUGGAGUCAUUCGGAUUACACUUUUGAGACCGUUUGAGGAAUCUACUAGGACUUUACGAUGUCAGACCUGUUCUGUCGAAGUUUAUACGCCUAUAACGGGGAUCAGCAUCAGCAGGGAUUGAAGUUUGAGGCUGGAGAAGUGAUCAGAGUCACGCAAGCUCUGGACGGAGGCUGGUGGGAGGGAGAGAAGGACGGAGUCAAGGGAUGGUUUCCCUCAACUUACGUGCAGGUGGAGAAACUGUCCUCAAUGUCUCCUCUGGACGAGCCGCUGCCCAGAGACUGGAAGUGCUACAUGUCAACUCAGGGACGCAAAUACUACGUCAACACCAUCAGCAACGAGACAACAUGGGAGCGGCCAUCCAGCACGCCUGGCACCCCAAAAACACCAGUGAAACACAAGAACCCUGUCCCGACAGUGAAUGGAUUUCAUGGUAAUGGCAGCCCGUUGCAUCAGACUGAACCAUCGCAUGUCCCGAUGCAGAAGACCAGCACAGAUCAACAGAGUCCUGGCUCGACUUCUCCCAGCAGGAAGCAGGAGUGCGAAUCCACAGUAACUAUCAACUGUGUGACGUUUCCUCUUCCACUACACAUGUCUGAACAGCAGCUGCUCAAACCAGACGAGUGGAGCUACUGCGAUUAUUUUUGGGCGGACAGAAAGGACGCGCAGAGAAGCACCACCGUCUCAGGAUUUGAGGUUCUGCUGCAAAAACAGCUGAAGGGAAGGCAGAUACAGAAAGAGAUGGCCGAGUUUGUGCGGGAGAGGAUCAGGAUUGAGGAGGAAUACGCCAAGAACCUGUCGAAGCUCUCGCAGAUCCCGCUGGCUGCGCAGGAGGAAGGCACGCUUGGAGAAGCUUGGUCUCAGCUGAAGAAAAGCCUGGCAGAUGAAGCAGAAGUUCAUCUCAAGUUCUCCUCCAAGCUUCAGAGUGAAGUGGAAAAGCCUCUGCUGAUAUUCCGGGAAAACUUCAAAAAGGACAUGAAGAAGUUCGACCAUCACAUGGCGGAUCUCAGGAAGCAGCUGGCCAGCCGAAACGCCGCCGUGGAGAAGGCACGGAAAGCGCUUGCAGACCGGCAGAAGGAUCUGGAUUUAAAAACCCAGCAGCUGGAGAUCAAACUGAACAGUAAGAUCGAGGAGGACAUCAAGAAAGCGCGCAGGAAAUCCACGCAGGCCGGAGAUGACCUGAUGCGCUGUGUUGACCUCUACAAUCAGUCCCAGUCCAAGUGGUUUGAGGAGAUGGUGACCAGCAGUCUGGAGCUGGAGCGUCUGGAGGUGGAGCGUGUGGAGAUGAUCAGACAGCAUCUGUGUCAGUACACAACGCUACGACACGAGACCGACAUGUUCAACCAAAGCACCAUAGAGCCGGUGGACAAACUCCUGCGGAGCGUGGACCCCGCCAGAGACCGAGAGCUGUGGGUCAAAGAACACAAGACGGGCGAGCUGAGACCGGUGGACAUGAACAUCUGAGACCAUCAGACUCGCCCUCGUUCCCUCGUCCGGCUGCUUUAGAGACGCUGAAACGCAGCACUGGCUGAAGAGAAAGCGCUCCAUGUUGUCCUAACAUGGGAUUGAUCUCUCAAAAACACUUCUGAGGCCUAAACCAGGAGAAAGAUCAUGAUUCAAACCGAGCAGAAGGUUGAGAGAGAACCGAGGUACCAUAACCUUCCCACAAAUCUGACUGAAAGAGCUCUCGAGAUGUGGCAGAGACUGUGUGAGCAUCUGCAGGAUUUCACUCGGGAGAACUGAUGUGUUUGUCAGUAUCUUCUGAUGCAAUCAUGCUAUACGGAUUCAGCAUUGAUUGAACCGAGUUCAUGUAUGUGAAAUAGUACUAAUAUAUACUGUAACUGCUGCUGCUGCAACAACUAUUACAACUGAUUUCAGUUCUGUGACUAAUCAAAGCUCUCGCUUGCCUUAAAGCGACAGUACACACAAAAAUGAUCAUUCUGUCAUCAUUUACUUCACUUUCAUGUGGUUCCAAACAUGUUCGACUUUCUUCUUUCUUCUGUUGAGCACAAAAGAAGAUAUUUUGAAGGCUGUUAGUAACCAAACAGUUGAUGGUAGCCAUUGACUUCCAAAUAUGGCGGGGGGGUGAAACUAAACAGUUGACGAUAGCCAUUGACUUCCAUAGUAUGGAGAAAAAAAAAAGGAAACUAAACAGCUGAUGGUAGCCAUUGAUUUCUAAGUAUGGGGGGAAAAAUGUGAAACUAAUGUUGAUGGUACCCAUUGACUUCCAUAGUAUGGAGAAAAAAAAAAGAAAACUAAACAGCUGAUGGUAGCCAUUGAUUUCUAAGUAUGGGGGGAAAAAUGUGAAACUAAUGUUGAUGGUACCCAUUGACUUCCAUAGUAUGGAGAAAAAAAAAGGAAACUAAACAGCUGAUGGUAGCCAUUGAUUUCUAAGUAUGGGGGGGAAAAUGUGAAACUAAUGUUGAUGGUACCCAUUGACUUCCAUAGUAUGGAGAGAGAGAAAAAAGAAACUAAACAGUUGAUGGUACCCAUUGACUUCCAUAGUAUGGAGAAAAAAAAAAGGAAACUAAACAGCUGAUGGUAGCCAUUGAUUUCUAAGUAUGGGGGGAAAAAUGUGAAACUAAUGUUGAUGGUACCCAUUGACUUCCAUAGUAUGGAGA